GGCCCUUGCUUUGCAUCCCCUCAGGCCACCUUGAGGGCCCUCCUUUGUCUCCUGCUUGACAGAAGAGGAGGAAAGGCAGGCUCCUCAGGACAAAGGGCCUGCUUUAAGCCAAUGGGCAUCCAGGGCAGGCCCAGCGUUGUGUUGCUAGGUGUGCCAAAAUGCUUUCAGUUUCUUGAAUGACUGCAAAGCAACAGACUUUGGAGGCAAAGCCAUCCUAAGGACCGAGGGGGGAGCUGCAACCGAUCCGGGGCCAAUGCAGCAGCAAAAACGGCAGCCAGAGUUAGUGGAAGGAAACCUUCCCAUCUUUGUGUUUCCCACCGAGCUUAUAUUUUAUGCCGAUGACCAGUCAACGCACAAACAGGUGUUGACUCUCUAUAAUCCCUAUGAAUUUGCCUUAAAGUUCAAAGUUCUUUGUACAACUCCAAAUAAAUAUGCGGUUGUGGACGCCGCAGGUGCAGUGAAGCCUCAGUGCUGCGUCGAUAUCGUCAUCCGCCACCGGGACGUCCGGCCGUGUCACUAUGGCAUGAUUGACAAAUUCCGGCUCCAGGUCUCUGAGCAAAGCCAGCGGAAAGCCUUGGGGAGAAAAGAAGUCAUUGCCACCCUGCUGCCCACAGCGAAGGAGCAGCAGCAGAAGGAGGAAGAGGAAAAGCGGAUAAAGGAGCACCUGACGGAAAGCGUCUUCUUUGAGCAAGCCUUGUGUGCGCCAGAGAGCAGAAUUGCCUCGUCGGGGCCGAGUUUACUCACCGUCUUCCUGGGAAUCGUCUGCAUUGCUGCCCUCAUGCUUCCCACAUUGGGAGAAAUGGAUUCCCUGGUGCCUCUCUACCUCCAUUUAAGUGUAAAUCAGAAGCUCGUUGCUGCUUAUGUGUUAGGUCUCAUCACCAUGGUCAUCCUGAGAACAUGAGUUAUGAUGGAAUUGGAUAUCGAGACUCCUUGUCUGUUGUCUUUUUAAAACUGUGUUAUAAACUCACAUCAUGAAUGUGGACCGCCUUUUGACGCCCGUCUGGUUCGUUAACAGCAAAAAAACAGAUCCAGUGAUUUACAAGUAUCUUUUCGGUUUUUUUAAAAAAGCAAUGUUUUAACUAUGUCUAACUGAAGAAAAAGAGACUCGAGGGGCUCGGAGGGGCUUCCGCUUGAGACGGCUACGAAUUAUUCUUCCACGACGAAACGCAUCAGGAGAAACUUUUAUAUCUAUGCCGACUGUAUAAAAAACCUUAUUAAAAUAGUUUGGUUUUUUUUUUUAAGAUAUUCACAUCCAUGUUUUGAUCACCGUCCAAGGGCCAGCAGCCCUGUCUACCACGUUUGAUUUGUCGGCGCCAUGCCCGUUAAGUAUUGCAAUGAGCGCUGAAAAAGAAAACAUAUACAGAUGAAGGAACAUCCGGCAGUGAGAGCUUUAAAAACUACCAACAGUAUUGUGUUUACAUUGUGCACUUCCUGUCCAUGUAUACCCUAUUUACUCGAGUCUGAUGCUCACCUUUUUGGGCGAAACGACCUUGCCAAAAUUAAGGUGUGCAUGAGAUUCGCAUCAUACGGCGAUCUUAGUGCUGAGCCAAAGCAAAAGGGGAAGCUGCUUCAACAACAACAACUUUAUUCUUGUAUCCCGCCUCCAUCUCCCUGAAGGGACUCGGGGCGGCUUACACAGGGACUAGCCCAAAAACAACAACAUAGCAUUACAUACAGUAAUUAAAACAGUAAUUUAAAACAAUAUAACAAAGGUAUAAACAACAUAACAUAAGUUACUUUAAAAGCCUGAGCGUCAAUUGCUACAUAGAGCAGAGGGUGACAAGUGCAAGAAUUGGCUUCAUUUGUUAGACGGAAUAACUUGUUAUCUCUGAACUGUUAUGAAACAGAAUGUGGCAAUGCAUAAAAAUAGCAGUUCUUCAGAAGUGUUUUUCACUGCCCAAAAAUAUAUCCACUCUCCCAUAAAGCAACUUGUUUUAUAUGAUGCAGUCAAGAGACAAAAUAAAAUAGGUAAAAAUAACAUAUUUGGUUUACUCACAACCUUCAUGUGCCCAGCAUACAGGAUUUCCUCGUUGAGUGGCAAUUAUAUCUAAUUUGACAGCCACGGCUCAGUGCUAUGCAACGCUGGGAUUUGUAGUUUGGUGAGGAAUCGGCAUCCUUUGGCCUUGCGAAACUACAAUCCCUAUGACUCCAUAGCAUCAAACCAAGGCAAUUAAAGUGGAUCCAUUCUGCAGCAUAGAUGCAUCCCAAGGUUUUAUUUUCCGUAGUGCAAUAAUACUUUUGAAUUUUAAAGACGAAAUCCUAGCCAAGUCGCAACUGUAAUGGACAAAUGACAAAGAAGGUGCUUUUUGUGCAUUACGUUCGCCAGCAAACACUUUUCUUGGUUUCAGGGUUUCGAAAAUCGAGGGACGCGUUAGGUUUGAUGAUGCACGAGACUCGAGUCAAGACCGUAUGUAUCCUUUCCCCUUUUGUGGGACAUAGGGCUUCUUACUCCGCUGUGGCUAUAUCCGUUUCCACGCAGGAUGCUUACUUGCUGCGGUAUCAAACCUGCGGCCCUCCAAAUGUUUUGAACUCCGGCUCCCAGAAUUCCCAACCUUUGGACAAGCUGGCAAUAGGGGCUUCGGGAGGUUGGAGUCCCAAACGCCUUGAAGGCCACAAGUUUGACUCCAUAAUGUCAUUCACCGAGGAAGGCGGAGGCCAACAUUCCCUCAGUCGGUACUGUCUCUUUAAUGAUGUGCAGCAACAAAGAGAACCUCUUGACAACAGCAUAUCUUGUAAACGUGCUCCCAACACCGGAAGAUGUGUUUCUGCCGUCUGUAUAUUUCUCCCUCUCUCUUCCUUUAUCUCCUGUCUCUUCCAAAGAAGCGUCCUUCCGUUUCCUAGACCUGGUUGUGAACUGUUAUUUUGGCAUCGUUAAUUUUCCAUCCAUUUUCCAUUUGUUGUUGUUUUGUUUUUUUAAUAAACAAACAGUCAAAUGCACUUUGAACUAUGUAAGGAAUGUUUUGGAGAAUUAAAACCUUUGCCCCUAA